UGGCAACAUUGAUAUUUUGCGCUGUGGUCUGUCUGGGUUGAACUUUGAUGAAAAUACUUUUAAUUUUUCAAAUCAGUUUAUCGCGCGUAAUGAUAUCGACUUUUAUUUUUAUUUAACAGUUUCUGUAUAUUAUCAUAUAUUAAAGUAUAUGGAUUAAAAUUAAAGAAUAAUGUGUUGUAUCUGACCAUGACAGAAGUGACGAAAAUUUUAAUGUUCUGUUGUAAAUAAGAAAUCAUAGUUCACCAUGGUGUUCGAAUCGAUUGUGGUGGACGUGCUGAACAGAUUCCUGGGGAGCUAUGUGGAGAACCUGAACAGGUCUCAGCUGAAGCUGGGAAUUUGGGGCGGCGAUGUCGUGCUUGAAAACCUAAUACUUAAACAGAAUGCCUUGGAAGAACUCAAUAUUCCUGUGCAGACGGUUUAUGGACACUUGGGAAAGCUGGUACUUAAAAUUCCCUGGAAGAAUCUCUAUGGCGCAUCAGUGGAAGCAACAGUUGAACGUCUGUUUUUGAUUGUCAACCCUAGUGCUGAAGUUAAGUAUGACCGCGAGAAGGAAGAGAGGAUCGAGCUGGCUGCCAAGCAGGCUGAACUGGCGAGGGUCGAAGAAGCCAAGAAAAGUGAGGCGCAAAAAGAUCAAAUUAAACUCGAUGAGACGUUUGUCGAGAAGUUGGCGACGCAAAUAGUUAAGAACGUGCAGUUGAAAAUCAAAGAUAUACAUAUACGAUAUGAAGAUGGUAUUACGAAUCCUAAAGCGCCCUUCUCUUUUGGGAUCACCCUGCACAACUUGUCCGUCCAAACUACUGACGAAAACUGGCAGAAAGCGGUCAUUACUGACGCCUUUACCAAAAUUUUCAAGAUUCUAGACUUGGAAGGUUUAGCAAUUUAUUGGAACCCUGCCACAGAAGUAUAUUCCCGUACGGAACCUCAGCAAAUAAAGGAUAGACUAUUAAAAGAGAUUGCGACAAAGUCGUCUAAGCCAGAAUUUUAUCACUAUGCUCUGGGUCCAAUAAACGCAACAGCAAAACUAAAACUAAACCCGAAACCAGAAGCCGAUACUCCCAAGUUUAGUUCACCUAAAAUAAUACUAAGUCUACACAUGGAGCAGCUCUCAGUCAGCCUAACCAAGGCUCAAUAUCAAGAUAUGAUGUUACUGGCAGAUUCCAUGGACAGAAUGAACAAACAGGCCCCAUACAGAAAGUACCGUCCAGAUCUGAACAGUUAUAAACGCCACUACAAAGAAUGGUGGAAGUUUGCGUACACGUGCAUUCUCGAAGAAGAAGUACGCAGACGGCGCAGGAACUGGGAUUGGACGCAUAUGUUGGAACACAGACAGCUUUGCAAGGACUAUGCAGCUGUCUACCAGUGUAAACUGAGUAAUAAGGGCAAAGUCUCUUCGGAACAGUUAUGUGUGUUAGACAAGGCUGAGAAGCAACUUGACCUUCUUAACCUCGUAGUGAUCAGGCAGAAGAUUGAAAUGGAGGUUGAACGAUUGGGUAAACUCGAAGAGGAAGCUAAGAAAAACAAAGGUUGGUUCAGUGGUUGGUGGUACGGCAGUAGCUCCAAAGAAGACGAUUUGGCGGAAGGAACAGCUAUCAUGAAACAAUUCGAAAAGGCAAUGACACCCGAAGAGAAGGAAAAGUUGUUCCGUGCGAUAGACUAUCAAGAGAACACGGCACCUUUACACUUGCCCGUGGAAUACGUAUCGGUAGAGAGCUACUUCCAACUGGAUCGGUUGCAGCUUAGAGUCACUGAUGAGGUCGAGGUGUUGAAGGCCUGUGUCGAUCACGUCGAGGUUGAUAUGAAGCAGCGGCCUAGUGCUAAUGCGUUGAGGUUGGACGUCCAGAUGAAGUCUUUCACUGUAACUGGCGUUCAGCAAGGUUCGUUUGAACCUCAACUGGUUACUUCAAAGGAAGUCACAAACAAUGUCAAUUUGUUGAAUGUUGUCUUCGAAACGAAUCCUCUAGACGGUCUAUGUAACCAAAGAGUAAAAGUUUCCGCACGUCCCUUACAAAUAAUAUACGAUGCACAAACUGUCAUAGAAAUUGUGAAUGUAUUCAAACCAGAAACCGAAUCUUCUGCGUUGACAACUUUACAAGCUGUGGCAGAAAACAAACUGUCCGAUCUCAAAGAAAAGUCUGCAUUAGGUAUGCAGUAUGCUGUCCACCACCACACGUUUAUAGACCUUGACAUUGAUAUCGCCGCUUCAUACAUUAUAAUGCCCAAAACUGGUAUCUACAAUGAGGGCGUAGCUUGCGUAGUAGUAAAACUAGGUGCAAUAAAAGUGAAGUCGGAGCCUCGUUCCCAGGCGUUAGACGUUCACAAAUUGUACAAGGAGGGGUUGGCCGAUGAAGAGAUACUGAAGGAGAUAGCACGUCACAGCUAUGAUAAAAUGGCUCUUGAACUUACUGAAAUGCAGAUAGUUAUUGCACAUGCUAAAGAAGACUGGCAGUCGGCGAUAUCAUCGACAAACGAUGAAGGCACUCCCCUCCAUUUACUUCAACCCACCAACUUAGUUAUACAGAUACAUAAGUGUUUGAUUACUGACGAUCCGCGCUUACCCAAGGUCAGGGUCAUAGGAGAAUUGCAGAAGAUUGCCAUCAGUGUUUCCGAAGAUAGAUUAUUGGCAUUAUGUGAAAUAUUAGUAAGCAUGCCUCUACCGAAAUCUGAUGAAGCUACGCAACUAAAGCAAAGUGAAUCGAAAGCAUCAAGUUUGUCGCUACUAAAAUAUUUGGAUCCAAUGGAGAAACAGAAGCGUGAGGCUGCUCGCGCUAAAGAGAAGAAGAAGAAAGAUGAGCAUACUGUGCAAAUGACUGAGGUUGAAGCUUUCUUUAUUAUGAAAGAACUAAUACUCAGUAUCAACCGAAAGACGACAGAUGCGACGAAAGGCUACGAUAGAUUCUUAGUCUUUUCGCUAGCGCUGUUAGAAAUAACUGCUGUUCAGAAGACGUUUACACUAGAAACCGUCAUUCGUUUGGGAUCUGUGAAGUUGCAGCAUCAUAGAGUUGGGUAUGGACUAUCGGUCUUGGAUAUCAUUGAGACACCCGAAGUCGUGAUAGAAGAUCAGUCUAUUGAAAAUGUUGCCAUCAGUAAUGUACACUUACAGACUCAGAAUCAGAAUCAGAAUCGAUACCUCUUCACUGUUACCUAUAGAAAUGUUGAUAAAAAAUGUCCAGAUUUUAGAGGCAUUUAUGGUUCAGUUGAACAGAUGAUUGAGUUGGAUUUCACUAAUUUGAGAGUUCUACUGCAUCUUGAAGGCUUGCGCGAGAUCCUUGUGAUUGUUAAUGAAUAUCAGACUCGAAUGCAAGCUAUUCAGAGCACAGUCGAUAGAACAGCUAAUGCUGGACCACUGGAAACAAUUAUGGAGGAUGAAGAGUUUGUCACAGCUAAGUCUAAAGUGAGUGUAUCGAAGCCAUCUCGUCAAAAGCAAGUGGAGAGCAUACAAAUGAAAGUCAACUGUAAGAUUGGGGCAAUAGAGAUUGUUUUCGCAACGGAAAGGCGUCCUUUGUCCGUGGUACAAUUGCAAGGUGCUACGGCUGGCCUAGUAUUGAAGGCGUCUUAUACACAAGUCGACUGCACCAUUGCGUCUAUUAAAGUAGAAGAUCUCAAUCCCGCAACAAUACAUAAAGAGAUACUCAAAGUACUCGGCGGAGAUGUGAUGAAUGUACAAAUAGUGAUGUACAACUUAGACCACUUCCCCAAUGUCAGUGAUGUGAACAUGUCGAUAAAUUGUCAAGUCAGCUGUCUGCGCAUUAUUUUCCUCAACUGGUUUGUCACAUCUAUGUUGGAAUUCCUGAACAAUUUCCAAACCGCUCAACAAGCGAUCAUUGACGCAUCUUCGCAAGCCGCAGACGCAGCGAGGGCAAACGUACAAAACGCGUACACAAAUUCAACAAAGCUAUCCCUUAAAGUGCGCCUAGCUGCUCCUAUCAUUAUUGUACCAGAAAACUCCAAGAGUCAUAACGCAAUGCUCAUAGAUUUGGGUGUGAUGACUAUAAACAACAAGUUCGUGGACCUGAAUGUCGUUGAUAUCAGCAACAAGGUAACAGUCGAUGAGUUAACUCUUGAAUUAGAAGAUAUGAAAGUGUCAUGUGUGAAGCUUGAAGACGAUUACAAGGAGGCUUUACAAGAGAGGAAAUUGCUGCGGCCUACCAGUUUUAAACUGUUAGUUAAACGUAGCCUUUCACUCUGGUAUGAAUCAUUACCAGACUUGGAUAUUUCAGGCAGGAUGAAAACCAUUGCCAUCACAGUAGGCCAUAGUGAUUACAAGAGUAUUAUGAAAAUACUUAACCAAAAUCUGCAAGAAGGUGCUAAGCCCGAAGAUAAAGCCGCUGCGGGGCUAGCUAAAACUGCAUCGAAGGCCACUGUAAGACCGAGUAAAAUGCAGUCCAAGUCUGUGGCUGCCGUCAUACCGUCCAAGGAUAAUGUAGUAAAGAAACCUAGAACUUCUAUUAAGUUCUCUUUCACUAUGGACAGCUUCGUCAUAGAUCUGCUUAAUACCGUUUCCACUGUACAAACCGGAGAGUAUUCAAUGUUCUCCCAAGAUGUGGACCUUGCGCGUUUCUGUAUGGCACUGCUCUCAGUGAAAGGCAGAAUGCUAUCAGAUGGUUCUAUGCAAACCUCUGUGUUACUUGUCGAUUGUACGCUCGAUGACACACGACCAGGCAGAGGGAGUAAGAUGACCAGGUACCUAGAAAGACGUCGGUCGCACAAAGCCGACUCUGGAAACGAUAGUGCGAUGGAAACCCCUGACAAGAUACGUAGCAUGAUCGAUGUUACCUACACCAUGAAGAAUAAUGAUACAUUCAUUGACAUGAGAAUCUUCAGUUUUGAUCUUAUAUUGGCGAUGGAUUUCCUGAAUAAGAUCGCGGAGUUUAUGACGACGGGAAUGGCCGAGGAUGGACAUAAACCAAAGGACGAGGCAACAUUAACCCCGCGAAUGACUGAAAAAUCUAUUGAUGUAACGAAGAGAAAAUCUACAGCGGUAUCGACUGCAAUGGCGGAACCGCCAAAACUAUCGAUGAUGACAGUGAACAUAAAGAUUGAACAACCAGAUAUUAUCCUCGUGGAAUCCCUGGAAAUGAAGCAUUGUGAAGCUUUGGUGUUGAAUAUGGAGGCCCGGUUCAAGUUGCGGCGCAGCGUGGAGCGUAUGGUGGCAGACGGCGGUAUCUCCGGCCUGCAGAUGGUGGUGCGCACGCUGGGCGCGGCCGGCGGGGGCGCGGGCCCGCGGUACCUGCUGGCGCCCACGCACCUGUCGCUGGCGCUGUCGCAGCCGCCCUGCAGCGGGAUGCACAUAGACCUCGCCAUCACUGACAUCAAGAUCACCGUGUCACCUGAUAUCAUUGCCCUGCUAAAUCGUGUGCUGGCAACGAUGACAAGCAGUGACGAAAACAACCAAGUAGAAGAAAACAAGGCGAUAUUCUACAAUAAUCUAUGGGCCAUUCAACCAUUCAAUCCUAACUCUUAUUGGUUCUUAAAAACAGAAGAAGCAGUGGAGGCAAUCGACGCAGAGGACGAACCAUAUGUAGAGAUGGACGCGAAUCCUCCAGUUGGAGAGAUUUGUUUGUUAUCAUGUCCAUCGAUCAUCACGUCUUUUGAAAUGGAGAUCGGUAAUGAGACUAUACCCGUCUUGGUCAUGCAAGCUUCUCUCACUGGACAAGUCAAAGAUUGGAGCUCGGAUUUCUAUGCCGAGUCCACAUGGGCAAUGCAAGUGUCGUACUAUAAUAUUGAACGUGCAGUGUGGGAGCCGCUUAUAGAACCUGUGGAAGUUCUGAAGGAUUACCAAUAUAAACAUGUGCCUUGGGAACUUAAGAUGGAGGUGGUGAUGCAUGCACAAGAGACGCAUACAAUAAUAGACACGACGGAUGAAGCUGCUAACUUGCAAGCCGUGGCCCAGAGACAAGCUCAUAAGACCGUCACCCUGUCCAGUAGCGAACCACUCGAGAUUACCAUUACUAGGACCGGCAUGGAGGUGCUGACUUUACUAGGAAAUUCAUUUUCCGCCGCUGGGGAAACUUCCGAGGGAACAACCACUUCAAAGUCCAAAGUUGAUCCUUUCACAAAAACUUUCCUGGGUGCGCCUUACGUUCUACACAACUGCACCGGUCUCACGGCUAAGUUGAUGUUGAAAGAAAAUCACGACUUCACUGUUUGUCUUACUGAACAAUAUGUUUCGUCUGACUACAGGGAAGUGGUUUUGGAACCAGGUGCUUGUGUGCCAUUGCAGCUUAAACAUGGUGGAUUGAAUUUGAUGAAACUGAACGAACCACCACCUCCACUCAAAUUAAGUGUUAAGAUUGUGGAAAUAGACGACGAGGUCCAGAUCCCAGUAGACCGUGCAGACAAGCGUUACUUCCCACUAGGCCGCAAGAUGUCCGGCAUCGCGAGUGAGAAGAAUGUUCCCCACGUGGCCGCCAUUGAGCCGCGCGGACUUAUCUCUGAUGUCGUCAUGCAAGACGCCGCGCUGCAUAUCUAUCUUAGGAGUGUUGUACAGGUAACGAACACGUUAUCAGUGAACGUGUCGGUGUACUACAUGACGCUGAGCGGGAACGAGGUGCGACUACUGGGCGAGGUGAAGCCGGGUGACAUCAUACGACUGCCACUGCAGGCAGUUCAUACUCCUACUGCUGAGCUAUUCUUCUCCGUUGAAGGAUUCACAGUAUCUGUAUCACCAUUCAUCUGGCGUGAGCUACAGCAAGAAGUUAAUAUAUCCAGGCUAUUGCAGUGCGAUUCUAAAGAUAAGAACAGUGGAGAGAAGUUUUAUCUAAAGGCGGUCGGUACAAUGGAACAAGUAUUCUACGAGCACACAACCCGCCAUACGUUCGCGUCGUCCUGCUACGACAUAGUGCUCAAACCUGCCGUCAAGCUGCAGAACUGUCUGCCAGUUGAGAUCGUAGUCUCACAACUUGGUUUGAAGAGAACUCAGGUGUUCCGUCCUGGAGAGAUGUUCCAUUUAUCACAUUUAUCGCCGAAUAGAGCGUCUAUUGUUAUUAUGAUCCAAAACUAUCUUGACAAAUGUUGGGUAUGUACAAAGAAUCUUCCAGAAAGUGAUACUGAGCUAUCGGUAUGGUCGUUUGAAUCUCAUGACAGUCCGUCGGUAAUGACGUUAGACUUGGGUAUGCAUAGCGUGGAUUUAGAGGGCACACAAGUCUUGUCACUUUAUUGUCCCUUCUGGAUGCUCAACAAAACAGGAUUCACUUUAUGCUACAGGAAAUCAAAGAAACCAGAAAAAGACUCCAGCACCCCCAACAAGAUUAAACAUUCACCUUGCAGUAAAUUUCUUAGACGCCAUACGUCUUGUUUGCCGAAUGUCGAUGAAACUGGUAACGUGAUAUUCCAUCCUAAAGAAUAUAAGGAGCCGAUUCUGUUCUCGUUCCGUGCAAAGAAUUUCUUUGGUAAAAAGAAGGCUGCUAUUCGCGUUGAGUUUGGUGAAUGGUCCGAUAAGUUCUCGCUUGAUGUUCCUGGAAGCUCUGGUGUUGUACUGUGCAAGCACGAGGGGCGAACGUAUCAGGUGGCAGUUACGAAUCAACUUACAUUCAACAGUUUGACUAAAAUGGUGAUAUUCACGCCUUACUUCUUGAUCAUCAAUGAAGCGCCAUUUGAUAUUCAAUAUCAGGAGCUGCAUAGAUCUGGUGAUCCUUGGACUACGGUGGCACAAAAUUCAAGUGCUCCGUUGUGGCCGAUUGUAGAGAAAGAAGACAAGUUGUUGUUAUUGCGCGUCGCUUGUUCUCCAGGACAUGCUGCUCCAUUCUUAUACACUGAACAACAUUCAGUCUGCUUGAAGCUGGACAAUGAGUUUGGCGGUCUACACGUGGAAGUGCAACUGAGUGAAGGCGGUACUUAUAUCACAAUACGACAGUACCGCGACGGACACGCGCCUGCAUUGCUCGUCAACUAUACGCCGCACAAUAUCACUGUGUACGAGAAGGAAAACGUUAAUGUUAAGAAAUUGAAAUCAAUGCAUAAAAUGUUGUAUACAUGGGAUAACCCAGCAGGACCGCGUGUUCUAAUAUUUGAAAGUCACAAGAAGAAAGAAGUCGAAAACGACUUGAGGAAAGAUGGUAUUGGAGAAUUCUUGAUCAAUGACCACACAAAGGUGCAUUGGGUCUCGUUCCUGGACGGAUUGCAGCGAGUGAUACUAUUCACAGACGACCCGAUGCUAGCCAGCGGCGCAUAUACCGUUGGGGAAGCGGAGUCAGUGGACACUGAACUAGUAUUGUCCAUGCAAGGCAUUGGACUGUCUUUGGUAAACGACCCAGAGCAACUCGAAAUUGUUUACAUCAGUAUAUCCAACUCUGGUAUAAUAUGGGAACAGUGCAAGGUGGGUGCACGCCGCUACAAAAAGAUUGAAGGGACAAAAGUAUUGCAAUUGGAAGAGUGCUAUCAAAGAUAUAUUUCUGAAAAGAUGGUUAGCGACGAGCCUGUUGUGCCUCGUGUCUAUAUAGAUGAAAAAGUUGAGGUGGAUUUCGAAGAGAUGCGUCAGUUGAAGCCGUCGGUGCGCCUCCUGCGUCGCACGCUGCAGCCGGGGCUGUGGGCGUCGUACGGUCUGACGGCGCACUCGCGGCGCCUGCACGCGCGCCUGCACCGCCUGCAGAUCGACCAGCAGCUGCCGCUGCCCACCUUCCCCGUCGUGCUCGCGCCCGUACCGCCGCCAAGAUCCAUCACCAACGAAGAUCCCAGCGGUAUGAAGCCGUUUAUAGAAGUGUCGAUAGUGGAACGAAUAAUGGAGCAUAGCAAAGUGCGGCAAUACAAGUACUAUAAGGUGUUGAUUCAGGAGUUCCAUGUUAAAGUCGAUAUGGGACUCAUCAACGCGCUCAUGGGCAUGUUCCCGCAACGAUUGCUGAAUGAACAGGAAGCGCUGGACGCGUUCCAACUGGACUUAGAGAAGGCAGGACAACCAUUAGAAGCAUUAGCUGCUAUAGGCGUGGCAUCAGAUCUCAAGAAUUUCUACGACAAUUUACAUUUGUCACCGCUCAAGGUUCAUGUUUCGUUCUCUCUCGGUGGAGCUACUCAACUGCCAACGUUCGUUGGCACAGUUCUCCAGAGCAUUGGCGUUACGUUGACAGAUAUGAACGAUGUAGUUUUCAAAUUAUCUUACUACGAAAGGAACUAUGAGUUCUUAUCUCAGAAGGAGAUGAUUGGACAAGUUCAGAGCCAUUACACAGGGCAGGCGCUAAAGCAACUGUAUGUGCUUGUACUCGGGCUCGAUGUAAUAGGCAACCCGUACGGACUCGUCGUCGGCUUGAAGAAGGGAGUGGAAGAUCUCUUCUAUGAGCCAUUCCAGGGUGCUAUCCAAGGUCCAGGAGAGUUCGCGGAAGGUUUGUUCCUGGGUGUGAGGUCACUCGUGGGUCAUACGGUGGGUGGCGCGGCCGGCGCAGUGUCUAGGAUCACGGGCGCUAUGGGGCAUGGACUCGCUGCCUUGUCUCUUGAUAAGGAUUACCAGCGCCGUCGCCGUGAUAAUAUCAAUAAACCACCUGCGAACCUUCAAGAAGGUCUAGCGAGAAGUGGUAAAGGCCUCGUCAUGGGCGUGGUAGACGGCGUGACGGGGGUAUUCACGAAGCCCAUAGAGGGCGCUCGUGAGCAGGGAGUGGAAGGGUUCUUCCGGGGACUCGGUCGGGGCGCAGUCGGGCUCGUUGCACGACCCACUGCUGGCGUCGUGGACUUCGCGUCCGGAUCACUCGAUGCCGUCAAGAGAGCGGCGGAUAUGUCUGAAGAAGUGACCAAACGUCGCCCCGCGCGGUACAUGGCACCUGACUCAGGAGUCAGGCCAUACUCCAGGCUGCAAGCUGAAGGAUACAAAAUGCUGUUUGAACUGGAGAAGGGCAAAUACGUGAGCACUGAUAGAUACGAGGCUCACGUGUGGGUGAUCCCUGGCAAGGAGGUGGUCAUGUGCACCGACAAACGAAUGUUAUACAUCGAGAAGAACAACGUGUUCGGCGGGUGGCAGAUUGUGUGGUCGUACCUGUGGACGGAUCUCCCCGAAGUGCCAACAGCAGUAAACAAGGGCGUGUACAUCCCGACUGCAAAGAAGAAGGUGCUCGGCAUGUUCCCGACGUCGGGCUCAGGCAAGGUUAUAUUCCUCUACGACGAACAGCAGAAGAAGUACUUGCUCGCGCAGUGCCAGCGCCUCAUGCAAUCACGUUGACAUGAGGCAGUAGAAAGAAUCUCGCCGACCGAGUGGUUGGCACAAUUCUUUCUACUUAUAUUUGAUUCUCGCACCGCAUUGCUUACUUUCGCCUAUCACUUUAACAUGCACCACCUCGGCCCGAAAGGCUUCCGCUAAACUCUUCCUCUCCGCAGUGAGCAGUGCUUCAUAUGGACUAUGUAUUAUGUUUAGUGUAUCGAUGUUUUGAGAACCGUGUGCUUGCUAUAUUUUUAUAAUACCUUUUUUACGUGAUGAUGUCAAUGCAAUUGAGUAUGCUGAGUACAAUUGUGGAUUCAAUAUCAUGGUAAAGACAUUUUGUACGUAGUUAGAGUUUUGAUUGAUUUUUACAUAUUUUUACCAGUUAGAUGUACUACAAUGUGAAAUAUGAGAGAGACAUUGUAAUUACUUGGGAAUAUCGUUGAACAGAAAUGUUUAUGAAGUUUGUGACAACUAGCACCCCAGUUAUCUCUGAUUAUGUACUGUACUGUAAAAUGCUUUUAUACCUAAUGCGCUCUAACAAGGUGCGGCUGACAGAUUCAGUAACGUUUCGUAUCACUCUUGAAAGUUGCUGCGAUUUAAAAAUUAUGCCUUAAUAUUUUAGCUGUAUCACAUUCGUAUUAUGUUAAAUCAUUCGGAUGCGUAGUUAAUUAAAUUAAAACCAACCGGAAUGUUCUAGUAUUCAAUUAAAAUCUAAUGAAAUGAAAAAUAAAGUAAAGUGUUAUGCGUAUAACGUAAAUCCAUAGUCGUGUUUAGUGAUGGGAUGUACGGCUACGAUGGAUAGGUAGUCGAUGUUUUUUUAGAAUAAAAAACGAAAAUCGUGCGUCGUUCAAUUAUCAUUCUUAAAAAACCUUUAAUUAUGUGGGUAAAUCCACUGUAGACGCGGCUCUCUCUGCCCAAACCACAGUGACAUUAUCUGAGCAGAAAUAUGUAGUAGGCAUUUUUCUAGACAUUUCCGGCGCCAUUGAUAAUGCGUGGUGGUACUAUUCCAACAUAUACAAACUAAUAUAUCCUUGUUUUCUUCACGGUUCUGUAAAACUGUAACUCUGAAACACCUUAGGGCUCGGUCAUAAAAUAUUUAUUUUGACAAGUAUAUACACGUAGUUAGACUGCACAACUAAAUAACACACACAUUUAAUAAAAAAAUUAAAGAGAAUUAAAUGUAUGCUGCGAGUAUCGAUAGCGAUAAAAAAAGAUUUUUCUAAUGUCCAUCCCUAAAGAGAGACGUCAACGUCAUACUGGCAUCUGUCAGCCGCACCUUGUUAGAGCGCAUUAGGUAUAGUACAAAUCAUUUGUACAAGUUUAAAUAUAAACGUUGCGUUGUAAUAACCUUUUCCCCUUUUUUGCGACUUUAAAUAUUUUUAAAGUAUUUUCAAUUGUAUUUAAAUAUAUCACUAUGCAUUUACCUAUUUAAGAUUAAAUAUUCUGUAAGUUGUUACAAGAUUUCAGUCUUCCCUCAUGUACCUAAUUAUUUAGACUUGUAUUAUUGAGUUUAUUAUGCCGUUGAUAUUACAAAUAUUUAAAGUUUAUAUUGAAAAAUAAAUUAACCUGUAAACAAUCUCGAAUCAUUAACAUUUUUUUUAAAUACUCAGUUCGUCAACAUUUUGGUCAUAGACCUAAAAUGUUGAGGUUCUAUAUUGGUUAUGUUAUUGAUAUACUUUUAUAGACUAUGUUACGUUAUUCGCAAUAUAUUGUUAUUGUAAGUUUAAUAUUACGGAGGCAAAAUCAGUGAAGUAAGUGUAUUUAUUCUGUAUAUUAUUAUGUUUCCUUAUCGAAGCCUGAUAGUACAAACAUUCAAAGAGUCGAAUUUUUUAUACAUUGCAAUGUUUGUGAAAUAAUGGCAAAGCUAAGAGCCAGAAUGGCUUCAACUGCUGAGGCUUUCCAUACCAGUGCCUUAAGAUCGAUGUUUAGAAAGCUGAUUUGUUUUUUGCUCUAAAACUAUUAAUGAUUGCUUUAAGUUUUUAGUUACAUUGGAAAUAGUGUUUAUUUGAAAACUAAGUUAUGUUAGGUUGAGUGCACAAUUUAUAUUUGCUUCGCCAUUGUGCGCUAGCAUUAUCAAUGGCUUCGAGAUGUAAAAUUUUCUUAAUUUUUUAAAUAUGUUUAUUUGUUGAAGCGUUUAUGCGAAAUAGGUAUGUUUAAUUAGAUCUAAAGUCAACUUUGUUAUUAUAUUGCCUGUUGCACAAUUUACUUAUU